AUGUACAAAGAAGCCGGAGUUGGAGGCAAGGGCGGUCUGCUAAUCGGAGUGUUCUGGGCCCAGAUCGCAUUGAGUAUCGCUCUGAUUGGUCUCUAUGGGCGUCUUCGCUGGUAUCUGUGGAACGCUAUCUCUGACUCGGCCAUCUGGACCGCCAGCGAAGUCACAGCCACCAUCGUCUGCCUCACCCUUCCAGCCUUGCGUCCGCUCUACAAGAAGAUCCGAAACCAGGAAUCGAGUUCCGCAGGCUAUCAACAACACGACGACUCAAUUUACGCAAACAACUCCGCCUACCCUCUUGGUUCUCUUCGAGGCAACACGGCUGAUGACGGGAAGGGAAGCAACCUCACCAAGAUUGAGGCCAGCAUACUAGCGAGUAAAAACGAUAGUGACGAGGCAAUACUUCUCCAGAGCUCUACCAAGGGUAAUAUUAUGAGAACCCAGGAGAAUCGGACUCUCGAGUACGCCAGUUCCACACGCGAAGUCGAACAGGCUGCUCCAACUGCCGGACCCGCCGGAAACGAUGUGACGAGCAGCGACCGCAAUGGUAUGGCUGAUCCCGAAUCCUUGGCCCCCACUGGUCAGAGGACCUGUGUUUAUGCGCCUCCCAAGAUUCCGUUGAGGGAACGGAGGGCGCAGCAGAAGGAGGCUCGUCCCUGGGAUCAAACACCGUGGGAGAUUGAGCAGCCGGCCAAGACUAAGGAGAUGGCUUGCUUGAAGAAGACGACUGUUCCUCCUCGCUUAAGCUGUCUUAACCUGUUUGAAUCGAGCCGGACGCUAAGAACGACACAAAAAGUACCGGGUACUGAAUAUCUCGCGCGUAUGACAGACAACCCAUGCGCACUCCGAAGUGCCAUCCUCAUGGCUGGCAUGCAUUUCUCCUUCCAAUUCGGCGACCUCGCUACAUUCGAAUCCACCUUCUUGUAUCAUAAAAUCGAGGUCAUGCGUGUCAUAAAUCGUUGGAUCGCAUCGGGAGACUACAAACUUGAGGCUGCGAUUAUUAGAGAAAUGGCCACGUUGGCUUUCACAGAGGCAUGUCAUGGGGAGCUUGUUGCUGCUGAGACUCAUAUCAGUGGCAUCCUUGCGCUGAUUGAGACUGCGCGACCUGAAAGAAGUGACCCGACACGUUCUGAUUGCUGUUCCACCGACCGAGAACUAGCAAACCGCUAUUUCGUCAUGUCGUAUGUCUACAUCACUGGCCUCAAGAGCUUACUCAGCGGCAUUUGUCGAACUGGCGGCCACGGCAACAGUCUCGAUGCUAUACCAGGUCGAAACCUACUCAAGUUAUCGCAUACAUGGCACAUGAGCGAAGCCAUGGAGAACCUCGGUCUCAAACUCCAAGCCAUUCGGUUAUUCCCAUUCUUCUUCAGCCCACUGCCGCAGGGCGCACGGCUGAACAACGCAGACGGGAAAAUAAUCAUCAACUCCAUACGGGACUUUACGGCUGCACAGGAUUGUAUGUUCAAAAAUACGGGUACAGAAACAGCUGAUGGCAAGUUUGAAGGGUUCUGGCGCAAAGGGCCGGCGUCGAGGGUACUGGGAGAAUAUGUCACGGCACACAUCGAAUCUAUUUCCGUACCUGGUAAGAAAGAAGAGAGUCCUCAUAUGACUCCAUCAUCAUUCGUCGGACCAUGGUGCGGAUUGACUAUCGCCUCCAUCUUUUAUAUGCAGGAUGUUCUCGGGGCGCUGGAGUAUGUCGACAAGCGCAUUCACAAAUACGGUGUUACGUUACUCCAACACGAUGUCGCCAAGAUCAUCACCUCGAAGGACGCACAAAAGAACGAGGCGUUUCUGCUGUGGCAGACAUUGGUAGGCCUUAUUGGCUCCUUACGAGCCCUGAAACAUAACGAGCAAGACAGAGGAUUGUUGUCAGCCAGACAGUUCUUCGCGGAUGCUUUGAAGCAGCAAGCAACGACGCUAGGAAUCACGACUUGGUCACAAGCAAAGGGGACGUUACGAAGGGUAGCUUGGCCGAUGGGGACUACUGGUCGAGAAUUUAUAGAGGAGCUUUGGGAAAAGACUGUUACUAGUAGAGUUUAA